AGAACGUAUUUACUUUGAAAGUUUCGUAAAACUUUGAAGGUGAAAGAGAACUUUCCAUCCAACGAUGGCAGAUAGUGGUUACCUAAAUUCAUACCCAUAUCCUUCCAACGUCAAUAACCAAGGGGCAGCCUUUCCAACUGGCUAUAACAAUAAUUCUCCACCAUUCCAAUAUGGACAGCCCAUGGUAGGCUCUAUCCCCCAAGUGCCUAUGCCAAUGCCAACUAUAGUCACAACGCAGCAAAACGUAAUGGUCAUUCCUCAGCCGAGCUACAGGGAUUAUCUGGGACUGUCCAUCAUGAACCUGAUCUUGUGCUGUUUCCCCAUUGGAAUUGCUGCUACAGUCUUCUCUUGCAAGGUGCGGGAAUCACUGAGACGCGGUGACAUGAUUUCAGCAGCAAGUGAUUCGCGCACAGCGUUUAAACUAAACAUGGUGUCUCUGGGACUGGGAAUCGCUGGCAACCUUGCUUGGAUCGCAUAUGUGAUUUAUACUACAGUGACAAACCAGUACGGUUACUCCCACUACUAUAGUGGUUAUGGUUAUUAUAACCACUAUAAUUAACAGCAGCACUCGCAAUGCAAUGACAAUAAAAUGUGUGCAGCCAAAC